ACCUUGUUCAAGUAUGGCAGCUUAAAUUUAAGCUCUGCAUUUUUGGCCAGUUUUAUGAGAUUUAUGACUAGCGUAUCCGUUUAUUUUGGCCUAUAAUUUAUCUUUGGGACUUGUGGUGGUACAGAGAAAGUGAUCUGUGAAAAUUGUGUUUGCAUUCUGAGUAUUUGGAUGUUAAAAAUGCCGGAAACCAGGGGUAGUGGAACAAACAAAAAGACUCAUGAUAAGUGCUCACCGAGACAAACACCAGCUGCUACAUGUAACAAAGCACCCAGUCCUGGACUACCGUUAGACAAUCAAUCAACGAGACCAAAGCUCUCAAUUGACGAUUUGAAGGCCUCUGUUGAAACGAUUGAAAACGACUUAUGGGGAAACAAUACGGGUAUCCAUACCCAAUUAGAAUCAAUCUCCAAGCAAAAUCAGGGCACCUAUGAAGAAAUUACAGCUCUACGUAUAGAAAAUACACAGCUUAGGAGGGAGUUGGAUCUGCUUAAAGCCGUAGUUACCAGGAUGGACCGACGAAUGACAGUAUUAGAUGACGGUAUAACGGACCUCCGUAGUAGAUCCAUGCGGGACAAUAUUUUGAUCCACAACUAUCCCCACACCCCAAACGAGAACCUGGCUGUAACGAUGCCUAAAGUUUUCCGAGAAACUCUUGGGAUAGACGUAGACUUUAUACGUAUACACAGAAAUGGUGUAAGGGCACAACAUAAUGGAAAACCUGUAUCCAUAACGGCAAAAUUGUCUGACCGCUCAAAAAAAGAUGAAAUACUUAAUGCUCAGAAAACCAAAAAAAUCGAAAAACAGAAACUACCCUUCUUUAUUUCCCCACAGCAACCACCUUCUAUAGUGGCCACAAAAAACAAAACUUAUGACAAAUUUAACUCUCUCCGCAGGCAGAAUAUUUCUGCAAGGUUGCACCGAGACCACAUUCUUUUGGGGGACGGUUCUACCUAUAAAGAGGAGGUUCCAAUCAUCACAAAUGCUGACGCACUCCAGAUCACACCGGAGCAGACGCAAGACCUGGACUCUUUUGAAGUUAAAUCUACUGAUCCAGUUGUGAAAGACGGGUCCGAGUUCUCUGCGAUCGGCGCCAUAGUGCAUACGGUAGAGGAUGUGCAAAAUAUGUACCGCAAAGUUUGUAUAGAUCCGUACGCGGCCGCCGCCAACAGCCGUAUCCUCGUCUACAGGUUCAGAAGGGAAGACGGCAAAAUAGUGGAAAACUACCAUGACGAUGAUGAGCACGGUGCUGGACGUCGGCUUCUUCGGUAUAUGCAGGAAAACGAGAUCCAUAAUUCGGCAUUUGUCGUCACCAGAUGGAUGGGGGAUGGUCACAUCGGUCCCCAGAGAUUCACAAUAAUGGAAUCGUUGAUAAACGAUUUGGCAAACGACCUAGGCAGUGACUAGAAAAAUGUGACCUACUAUACGUUGUGCUGUUCUUUUUUUCUCUUCUCUUGUCUUAUAUGGACUUUAAAAAACUGUUUAUACUCCUGAAAAUGUCGCAUCUAUGCAUUGUAUGACAUACAUGGGUAAUAGUAAUAUAAAGUGCACCAAUAUCCUCUCUACCUCACCUCCUGCGCUUCCUAUCCGGAUACAACAAACACUGGGUUUGUGUGAAGUCAAGCUAUUUAUAUCAGGAUUAUAUAUUUAAUUUUUUUUAAAUUUUUUUUUUCUAAGAUAAAAUAUUUAACGUAUUCCUUUCCGGAAUUUUUAAAGCCGGUCCUUUUUGGGUCGGUAAUAAGAAAACUCUACCCAGUGUCGUUUCCGGUGUAAACACUACAUGUAACAUAUAUUUAAUAUAUCAUAAUUCUGGUCAAAAUGCUCUUUAGCAAGGUAACCAUCACGUUAUCCUCAUGCUAACAGCUAUCACUAUAUCUAUCCAUCUCUCUUUCUUAUCUUCUUUACUUACCUGCACCAACGAAAGUACAUUUAGGAAAACGGGACAAGGCUUAGAGG